GCGCUUGGUGAGUUAUGACGUGUUUUUCGGCUGUGCAAUUCCAAAGUAUACUUUGCAGGCUGCAGCAACUAUAAGUAGGGACUCCAUUUUGUCUGCUCAGCUACACUACAUAUAGCUGUUGAAUUUUCGAGUGUUCCGCUAUUUGAACUCUACUAGAGAAUAUCGAUCGUUACUAUUCGCGUGCAUCUCGUGAUUUUCCUACAGAUAUAUGCGUUUGAUUCCAUAGUAUUCACGAAAUCGAAUGGUCAGCGGAGAAUAAAGAAAAGUUGGUCGUGUUGGCCGCCAUCUUUGGAAAAUUGCGAAAUUCGUCAGACAAAUGAGAAGAAAAAACUGAUCGCGUGGCAGCAGUUGGAAGCAGGUUUUCCCCCAUUUGGACAUUAAGUAAUAGUUUGAAAACAUAUACUAGUAUUUAUGCGUUCGAGACUAUUAAAAACGGAUUUCGAUUGAACGUUUCAAAAUCGAAGAAAGCCACGGAAAAUGGCGUGUACUAAGAUGAAGUAGACGAACAGUCUAAUUUUCAACGUUGCAAAAUAAGAUCGUGAACAAUAAUAGCAAUAAAAAAAUAGUGUCGGAAGCAAAGAAAAUCAGUUCGAUAUAUCUUGUCAACAAAGUCGAUAUAGUAGUUGCGCAUCGAUAUUUGAAAGCUACGAAACAAAAUGCCUCGAAUCGAUCCUCUCAAACUUUUGGUGUGUCUGAGUGUUUUGCUGGCACCAAAUGGCGGCAUUCGAAGCGCGAAUGAGGUGAAACGUCUUGCCAAUUUGAUGGCGAAGUUUUCCAAGAAGCUUGUAUCCAAAUGCAUAUACAUACAGAUACUCAAAUGUACCGAGACUGAGCUGCUCGGUCAAUUCAUGGCCGCCGGUGGAUGGUCGUUGGUACACAUGUGGCUGGCCGAUGGUAUCACCACUAAAAAUUGGCCCCUGACGCAGGAGCUGCUGGAGCUGUUGCUGUGCUGUCCGGUGGAUGUCGAGCGGCUCAAAAGUAACACCGCUCCAAAGCUGGUGAAGUCGUUGUCCAAGGACAGCAGUCAUGAAGGAGUUCGUCUGCUGGCUAGUAAGCUUGUUGAGCAGUGGCUCAAGAUCGCCCGGAAUGAUAUCCGUUCGAGCAAUCCGCAACAAACAAAUCAGCCUUCUCAGCUGCAGUCGGCAGUUACUCCACAAUCCGGAACUAAGGAGGACAACGAUUGUGAAAUGCAGGAAGAAGAGGAUGAAGUACAAGAAACCAAUCAGGAGGUGAUUGAAGUGAGUCAGGAUGAGGAAACGAUGGUGGAGGAAUCAAUUCUUCCCGAUGACGGCCCGAUUGAGUCCGAAUCAGAACAACAUCAGGAACAAGACGAUGGCAAUUGUAUGGUUGAGGAACCAGAGGUGAAUGAGGGAAGCGAGAAGGAUGCAGAUGAGAGCAAUGCGAAAAAAUCUCCUCUGCUGUUUAAAAUUACCAUGAAAAACGGAAAACAAAUGCUUGCGAAGGUUGAAUCGCCUACCAAGGGGGAUGCAGUUGAUGGCAACGAAAUGGAAGUCAUAAAUGAUGAAAAAUCUGUCGGCGAGAAGAAGGAAAAACAAGAAACAGUGACAGCGGAAAAAUCAAUGGAUGUAGACGAAAAUGAAUCCACUGGAAAGCUACACAAAGAUGACGACAGUAAGUCGAAGGGAGAGAAACAUGAUGAGUCUGAUAAAGAAAAAGAUAGAAGAAAAAGCUUGGACGGCGAUCGGAAUAAAGACAAGAGCAGCUCUUCAAAGGAUAAAGACAGAAAUAGAGAUAAGGACAGGAGGUCCAGCAGCAGUAGCAGCAGUCAUAGAUCUUCAUCGAAACAUAACAGCAGUAACAGCAGCAGCAGUAGCAGUAGCCGAAGCAAAUCGUCUAGCUCAGGUUCCAGCAGCAAAAGCUCAAGUUCAAGCUCUCGCGACAAGGAUAAGGAAAAAGAUCGCCACAGUAGCAGCAGUAGUAAGAGUCACCACAAAAGCUCCUCAUCAUCGUCUACGUCUCAAAAAUCAUCGAGCUCAAAAAAUAGCAGCAGCAGCAGCAGCGAGAAACAUCGCGAGCAUCGAGAUAAAGAUAGGGAAAGGGACAAAUCAAACCAUUCGAGUAAAGACAAAGACGGUCAAUCCAAGUUGAUUUCGCCUUCCAUCAGCAAAUUGUCUAAAAUAUCCAGAAAGUCCAAAGAUUCCGAGGAAGAAAAAUCCGACUCUUCGUCAACCCAUAAAUCGUCCCCGAUUUCGGCUAGCAAGAAAGCUUCAAUCUCGAUCGAGGUGCGCAAUGCGGAGCACCGCCCCAAAACGGUCAAAACCUACAAUUCUCAAUUCCGCUCGCAUGGCUUGAUUGAGGAGGCUCCACCGCCACCGUCACGUAAGGGGCUGAAGAAACCCUCGCAAACUCCCACCACUCCGCCCGUCAUUGGAUCGACCGCAACGGGAACCAUACCGCCGAAACGCUCGUCUCCUCCGCCUUUCACGCGAGAAGGACCUCCCGAGAAGAGGUUGCGCGAGGAUCUCGCUGAACGGCCGGGAGCUAUCAAGCUCAUCCCGGCGAAAAGACAACCAUCCCUCGUGGAGUCCGACAUGUUCAUGGACGCGCUCUCUGCCACGCUGAAAAAGGACGUCAAGAAACGCAAACGGCGACCAAGCGGAUCGGAGUCAACCAAAUCAACCGAUAAGCCAGCUUCCGCUACCUCGCCUGUAGAAAAAUCUGCCCCCGGAAGCGUUGCUUCGCCGGACAAAAGUGCCACAACGCCAGCGGCGUCAACCGGUCAGGCGGGGGACAAAACAUCUCAACAACCAUCCUCGCCGACUGGAAGCGUUCCUACUGCUGCUGUUUCUAACGGCCCCAGCUCACCCGCCAAAGUCAUAGCCGCGCCAAUGUCCUUCUAUCGGGACACGUUAGCGGACAGCGAGGAGAAUGCGGAAGAGAAGAAGGAAGCUGGCGAGGAGGAGGAUUCUAAGGAAAAGAUUGAAUCACCCGAAGUCAGCGGGGAUGUCGAAAUGAAGACGGACGAAACCAUCGACACCCCAGCGGAACCGGACGAGAUGGAUGACGAAGUGAUCAAAAAGCCCAAACGGCUGAAAUCGGAACUAAUCGACGAUGAUGAAGCCGCCGAUGACAAGGGUAGUCUGAUCGAUGCCGUGGGUGACGAUUUGACGAAAAAAAUGGCAAUGCUUGAGGGCGGCGAGCAGACUGAGGUGCCGGACAUUCCAGUUAAAAAACCACCCGGUCCAGGUUGUGGUCCAGAUGGGCCGCCUGGAGUGCUGGUCAUCCAUCGGCGGAAAGGACCGAAAAAGCAGCUCAAGUGGAAAACCCAGGAUGAUCUUGAGGAAAUCCGCUACUUCGAGCUGGAUGUAACGGAACGAUGCAAUGUCACAAAGACCUUCACCGAUCUUAAACAAAUGGAACGAGUUGACGAGCGUCAGAAGUAUAUACUCUCUCGGAAGCUCCAGACUGAGGAUGUCAUGGUGGAACGGACCGCUUGGUUGCCUUUGAUCGUUGUUGAUAACGUUCCGCCUCAUCCGGACGGUGUCAAUAGCGUCGAAAGACGUCUUCAGCGAGAUCGUGAGCGAACCGUUCUGCAAGCAUUAUAUUUUAACCGACAUAUGAUUCCCGAUUCGCCAUCUGAACCCGAUGUGGAGGUAUACUCGAUAUCGGAACCAGCCCACAUCCCAAUGGAAGAUGUGACUGGCAAUCCAGACUCUGUUAAUGAUUUCACCAGUAUGCCAUGGCCGGAACCGAAAUCCACCCCACCCAACGAAUCGGCUGGUUUCAAUUCACCAUUCUUCCCGGGAUCUGGAAAUGAUUUUCCAUCGUUCGGUAGCCCUAACAGUUGGGAUAUGCCCGGUGCUGGUCCUGGAUCUGGACAUGGUCCCAUACCGAGCCUGUUCGCACCUGGCCGAAUACCCGUGGGAAUGCCUCCUGGUAACAAUGGCCCACCAUCUGGCCCAAAUAUGAUGCGCCAAAUGAAUAUGCCACCGAAUAUGCCACCAAACAUGCCCCAUCCCCAUCAUUCAAACAUGUUUCCGAAUAACUUUGUGAGAGGACCCCCACCGCCACCAAUGCAGCACAUGCUCGAUGCUGAUGAGGAUAAUUUCCGAGGUGGACCACCGCCACCACCGAACUGGUUCAACAACAAUCGUGGGCCUCCACCCCAUAUGAGUGGCAAUUACAACCAUAACCGCGGGGGAUUCGGCAACAAUAGGGGAGGAAACAAUUGGAACAACAACAACAACAACCGGGAUAACGACCGAGGGGGACCUCGUGGAGGCAAUUAUCGACCACCGUGGUUGCAGAAUCGUGGCAAUCAUCGCGGUGGCAGGAAGUGGUAAACGGCCCAAACUUUUGUACAGCGACUUAUGGCAGAGCCUAGUGAUAAAAAACAAUAAAAUAUGAACUAAUAAGCUUGUUUUAAAGCGGUAAUGUAAUUUAGAUGGAGACAUAUCGGCUAAUUUUCUGGUGUAAUUAUUGCCCUGUAUAGUGUGUAACGGAAAGGUUUGGUCUGUGGAAGCAUUUGUACGUACAUUUAUCUCUUAAGUCAGGAAGGCAUCAAACCUUGAAGGUACAAAUUAAUUUGUAGUGCUUGAACAUACAUUGUAAUGUUGUUUUGCAUCUAGGUUAGGGCGUCUAAUCUUAAUGCUGAAAUAAAUGGAUGAUUAGGAAUAUUCGCUGUA